AUGGCCAGUAUAUCUCUGCGCUGCCUCCAUGGAUCUCGGGCCCGUCUUCGACGAAAUGUCCUGGCCAACUCGAAAGAAAAUUUACUCUACUCUCCAAGACCUCUCCGCUGCUUAUCCUCGACAACUUCCCAGCCAAAAUCACAAGCUCCUAAACUAAUUUGGUAUACUUCUAUAACUCUGCUCUCCAUGACGGCUGGAGCUCUCUACAUUACUGAUACUCGCGCGAGUAUACAUCGCUGGCUAGCCGUACCAAUGCUUAAUUUGAUCUAUCCUGACGUUGAAGAUGCACAUUGUUAUGGUAACAUUAUACUCCGGGGGCUCUACUCGCUAGGUCUACAUCCUAGGGAAAGGAACCCGCUCUUUACGGGCGUUAAGGAUGCAGAUCUUAGUGUAUCAGUAUUUAAUCGGGUAAUCUCGAACCCUAUCGGUACAUCAGCUGGUGUUGAUAAGCUUGCUGAAAUACCAGAUAUCUUAUUUGCACUUGGACCGGCGGUUGUCGAGGUUGGUGGCGUAACGCCUUUCGCUCAAGAGGGAAAUCCAAGGCCGCGUGUCUUCAAACUGCCUAAAUAUAACGCCUUGAUUAAUCGUUGUGGUCUCGCAGGAAAGGGAGCUGAAGAUAUGGCGCAGCGCCUACGAGAACGGGUUCAGAAUUUUGCCUACAAAAACGGGUAUGGAUCAAGUGCAGAAGCCGUAGAUUUCGUUCUCAACGGUGGAGCCGGAGUACCACCGGGAAGUCUAAAAAAUGGAAAACUUCUAGCCGUUCAGAUUGCCAAGAAUAGAGAUACGAAUGAAGACGAUAUUGAUGCUACAAAACGAGACUAUGUUUACUGCGUUGAAAAGGUUGCCCAAUACGCCGAUAUUUUGGUGGUAAACGUUAGUAGCCCAAACACGCCAGGUCUAAGAACAUUACAGCGGGGUGAUAUUCUAACCGAACUUCUCAGAGGUAUCGUUGAGGCUGCAAAGUUAGUGCCUCGAAAAACAACUCCAAGAAUUAUGGUGAAAGUCUCACCCGAUGAGGAUGGGGAAGACCAAGUUGCUGGCAUUGUCGAUGCCAUAUGGAAAAGUGGUGUAGAUGGAGUAAUUGUUAGUAAUACCACUAGGCGAAGAGAUAUAGCGGUACCAGAUAAAGCACCCAUUACACCAAAAGACCAAGAGAUACUGAAGGAGCAAGGUGGACUUUCAGGCCCCAUGUUGUUUAAUCGAACCUUGCGCCUCGUUAAAAGAUAUCGAGAUCUUCUGGAUCGAGGCCCCCCUUCAAAUCAUGUAAACAGCGAGAAGCUGUCUAAUUCAGACAGCUUUGAACCAAAAGUAAUUUUUGCCUCUGGAGGCAUUACGAAUGGAAAAGAGGCAUUAGAAAUCCUUAAUGCCGGAGCUAGUGUUGCUCAAAUAUACACGGCCAUGGUUUACGGAGGGGCCGGGACAGUGACUCGGAUAAAGCAAGAAAUGAGGCAAGAGCUGAGCCAAAAACAAAAGGCAAUAACCACAUGA